AUGCUAGUUAACCUUUCCUCUACCCGAGAGAAAAAUUUCCGCGUGAUUCUUCGGUUCCUACGAGAGAGAGCCUCUUCUUCAGUGGAGACGUAUAUGUUUCGUUGUCUCAAGCCCUCGCGCAACAAUUUCUGCCCGUUUCUCCCUUCUGCGUUCGUCAAUUCGAAUAAGGAUCCCAGCCAACGCCCACCGGCGUCAUAUCUCUUUUCUGUUUGUGUUUCUCUGUUGCCUUAUCUCAUACAUGCUGCCACUGUCACAUAUGAUUUCAAUAUCACCUGGGUAACUAGUAACCCGGACGGGGCUUUUGACAGGCCAACAAUUGGAAUUAACAACAAAUGGCCCAUUCCAGAGAUCAGAUCUAAUGUUGGUGACCAAGUUGUCGUCCAUGUCAAUAAUCAGCUUGGAAACCAGUCUACAUCGCUUCAUUUCCAUGGGCUAUUCAUGAACGGGACUACCGAGAUGGAUGGCGCUACAGGUGUCACUCAAUGCCGGAUCCCACCUGGUGGCUCAUUCACAUAUAACUUUACGACAGACCAACCUGGAACAUACUGGUAUCACUCUCACGGCUAUGGCCAAUAUCCAGAUGGCCUGCGCGGUCCCCUAAUAAUUGACGAUCCAAAGUCACCGCAUGUUGAUAAAUGGGAUGAAGAGAUCAUCCUUACCCUCUCGGACUGGUACCAUGACCAAAUGCCAUCGUUGAUCAAGCACUUUAUCAGCUAUGCAAACCCCACUGGUGCCGAACCUGUCCCUCAAUCGGCGUUGAUGGGUGACACACAAAAUUUGACGAUACCUGUAAAGCCAAACAAGACCUACUUCAUUCGCACUGUUAAUAUGGCAGCGCUGGCAGCACAGUAUUUGUGGUUCGAGGGCCAUCCAAUACGUAUUAUUGAAAUUGACGGAGUGUGGACUGAGGAGCACGAGACGGAUAUGCUGUAUAUCACUGCCGCCCAGAGAUACGGGUUCCUCCUGACCACAAAAAGUGAUACAACAGAUAAUUUUGCCAUAGUUGGUAGCAUGGAUACGGAUCUCUUUGAUAAGGUUCCUCCGGGAUUAAACCCGAAUGUCACGUCAUGGCUCGUAUACGACGAGGAUAAACCGCUGCCACAGCCUAAAGCCAUUGAUGAAUUCAAACCUUUAGACGACUACGUCCUGAGGCCGAGUGAUAAGAUGGGGCUAUUAGAUCAGGUUGACCACAGCCUGACGCUUGACCUGAAAAUGGACAAUCUAGGAGACGGUGCAAAUUAUGCUUGGUUCAACAACAUCACAUACGUUAGCCCAAAGGUCCCAUCGUUGUAUACUGCCCUCGACGCCCCCCGAGACGUAGCCAUGAAUCCAGUAAUAUACGGCGAAAACACCAACCCAUUUGUGCUCGAGCAUAACGAGGUAGUCGAGAUCAUCCUAAACAACAAUGACCCGGGAAAACACCCCUUCCAUCUCCAUGGACAUAACUUCCAGUUAGUCUACCGCUCGGAGGAAAAGGGUGGCCCGUAUAGAGCAGACCAAAUGACAGAUUUACCCCAAGUUCCCAUGCGACGGGACACUGUUCUUGUCAAACCAAACGGCAACAUGGUCUUGAGAUUCCGCGCCGAUAACCCUGGAGUUUGGCUGUUCCAUUGUCAUAUUGAGUGGCAUAUGGACAGCGGGUUGGUAGCGACCAUGGUUGAAGCGCCAUUGGCUCUUCAGGAUCAACGGAAGGAUGGGAUUAAAGCAAUCCCUACAGAUCAUAUUGGCGUUUGCCAGUCCUCGCAGACUCCAUAUCGUGGUAACGCGGGAGCAAACACGGCUGAUUUCUUGGAUGUAUCUAAUAUGAACGGGCCGCCAGCCCCUGAGCUCCCCGCUGGAUUUACCGCUAAAGGUAUCGUAGCGUUGGUUUUUAGCUCUAUUGCUGCCGCGUUGGGUAUAUCAGUCAUCAUCUGGUAUGGACUGGGGGAGAUUAAAUCGCCUGGGGCAAUUGGAGCGGGAACUGCUGGAGUACUCCGUACUGCAGAGUGA